CAUAUAAAAUCAAUCCUUUAAUCCGUCGUCUUCUUCCUCGCAAGAAUUCUGCUUCACAUUGUGAUUUCGAAGCGUCUCAAUACCUCACGAUCAUGGGGCACUCCAACGUGUGGAACUCUCAUCCUAAGAGCUAUGGGCCUGGUUCUCGCACCUGUCGUGUGUGCGGAAAUCCUCAUGGUUUGAUCAGGAAGUAUGGACUUAUGUGUUGCAGACAAUGCUUCCGUAGCAAUGCCAAGGAAAUUGGCUUCAUUAAGUACCGCUAAGAAGCUUAUAUCAGAGACGAUGGGUUGAAUUCUUUUUUGAAGAUUUCCCCAUGUUUUGCGAUGUUUUUUCUCUUAUUUACUUGGUCUGAAAAAUGGUUGUUAUUAGAAGACGAUUGUGACACUUUGCUAUGAACUACCAUAUUUAACGUUUUUUAAUUGAGCUUGCCCUUUGAUAUAUUUUGACAAAUAUUCCUUC